AUGUCUACCAUCCCACCACCCCGCGCCGUAGUGACCUCACACACCGCCUCCGGCACCGCCAUUAUUCCUUCGGAUUCUCAACUUCCCCUAUUCCAUCCUUUUGGUCCUUUGGCCUCAGGUUUCACGACCAUUCACACUCUUCCUUCUCUUCCUUCUCUUCCUUCUCUUCCUGCCUCUUUGAUUGCCCCUAUCAACCCCAAUUCCGAACCAUCUAUCCCUCGUCCCUCUCCUGCUGGUUUGGUAGUUUGUACAACUGAUUUUCCACCCCAUUAUGUUACCCCCACUCAUCGGACCAUAACCUGUGACUACAUGAUUGUCAUAAAAGGUGAGAUUGUCCUACGUGUUGAUGAGGGAAAGGAAACCAUUCUGAAAGAGGGAGAUAUGUGUGUUCAGAGAGUCACAAUGCAUACUUGGGAAAACAGAACCGAGGAAUGGUGUCGCUGCGUGUGUGUUAUGGCUGGUGGCGAAAAGAUUGUCAUGGCGGAUGGAAAGGUGUUGGAACAAAGUUAUACUGCGCCAAAGCCCAAGAAUUAG